CCCGCGCCCCGCGCCCACCAUGUCCUACCCGCAGGGGUACCUGUACCAGGCGCCCGGCUCGCUGGCGCUCUACUCGUGCCCGGCGUACGGCGCGUCCGCGUUGGCGGCGCCGCGCAGCGAGGAGCUGGCGCGCUCGGCGUCCGGCUCCGCGUUCAGCCCGUACCCCGGCUCGGCGGCCUUCACGGCGCAGGCGGCCACCGGCUUCGGCAGCCCGCUGCAGUACUCGGCCGACGCCGCCGCCGCCGCGGCCGCGGGCUUCCCGUCUUACAUGGGCUCGCCCUACGACACGCACACGACCGGGAUGACCGGCGCCAUCACCUACCACCCCUACGGCAGCGCAGCCUACCCUUACCAGCUCAACGACCCAGCGUACCGCAAGAACGCCACGCGAGACGCCACCGCCACGCUGAAGGCCUGGCUGAACGAGCACCGCAAGAACCCGUACCCCACCAAGGGCGAGAAGAUCAUGCUGGCCAUCAUCACCAAGAUGACCCUCACGCAGGUCUCCACCUGGUUCGCCAACGCGCGCCGGCGCCUCAAGAAGGAGAACAAGAUGACGUGGGCCCCCAGGAACAAAAGCGAGGACGAGGAUGAGGACGAGGGAGACGCUUCGAGAAGCAAGGAGGAGACGCCCGACAAGGCGCAGGAGGGCACCGAGACCUCGGCGGAGGAUGAAGGGAUCAGCCUGCACGUGGACUCGCUCACGGAUCACUCGUGUUCCGCGGAAUCAGACGGCGAGAAGCUGCCGUGCCGCGCCGGGGAUCCGCUGUGCGAAUCGGGCUCAGACUGCAAGGACAAGUUCGAGGACCUGGACGACGACGAGGACGACGACGAGGAGUGCGAGCGCGACCUGGCGCCGCCCAAGCCGGUGACCUCCUCGCCGCUCACCGGCGUCGAGGCGCCGCUGCUGAGCCCCGCGUCCGAAGCCGCGCCGCGCUGCGGUGGCAAGACGCCCCUGGGCAGCCGGACGUCGCCGGGCGCGCCGCCGCCCGCCAGCAAGCCCAAGCUGUGGUCGCUGGCCGAGAUCGCCACGUCGGACCUCAAGCAGCCGAGCUUGGGCCCCGGCUGCGCGCCACCGGGGCUGCCGGCCGCCGCCGCUCCCGCCUCGUCCGGGGCGCCCCCGGGAGGCUCGCCCUACUCGGCCUCGCCGCUGCUGGGCCGCCACCUCUACUACACGGCGCCCUUCUACGGCAACUACACAAACUACGGGAACUUGAACGCGGCGCUGCAGGGCCAGGGCCUGCUGCGGUACAACGCGGCGGCCACCGCUCCGGGCGACCCGAUGCACGGCGCGCCCAAGGCGGCCAGCGACGCGGGCAAGGCGGGCUCGCACCCGCUGGAGCCCCACUACCGGCCGGCGGGCGGCGGCUACGAGCCCAAGAAAGAUGCCAGCGAGGGCUGUGCAGUGGUUGGUACAGGCGUCCAGUCCUACCUAUAGGAAGGGCCAAGCUCUGCAGUGCAAGUAGGUGUCACAAUUGCUUUGGAAAAAAAAAAAAAAAAAAAAGUCAGGAGGCCUUUCUCCCUUCCCAAGUCAUAAGUACACAGAUACAAAACCCAGAUGUGUACGCUCGGACCACAUCUUGUGCCACUGUGUAAGAAGGAUGCACACCGCACUGCCAACCCACAGACUCUUAAGGACCGGACACACGUUGGGCAUAUGUGAAUUUGCUGGCGUAGUAUAGAUUCCCUGAUGUUUGUGUGACUUUGAAAACAAUCUGUUUUUUCUCAGGAUAUCUUGAUCACUUCCUUGCCACGGUAUAUAUUCUAUAGGUGUGAUAGGACUUACUGUAAAAUUUAUUUGUAAAGGAUGUACACAGUAGAAAUAAAAUGUGAUCGAAGAACUUGAGUACUCAGAAGUGGAAACAAAUUUGAUAUUUAUUUUUAUAAUGAUAUAAAGCUUCUAGUAAUUUAUGCAAGUUGUAUUGCAAUGAAAUCUAAAACUUUUGUAAAUAAAUUCUGCCUGGUUUUUAUUUGAACAUUGCUGGUUAUACAAUCUUUGUUGGUUGUUUAACAUGAAUUCUCUACUAAUUUAUAUCUAAAAUUGUAAAUAAAAACAGACUAGUCUACAAUAAUAUGGUGUUCAGGGCUCAUUUUUCCUGAAGAGUGAUUUGGAGCCCUAAGUGGUGGCCACCCCCAGGUGAUCUGAGUUCACCUUUUAAAUGAAGAGCCCUUGUGAAAUAAAGUCUCCUUUCUCUGGCUUAUUUAAAAGAAAAUGCAGAUGGGAGAGAGGAAAGUACCUACCAUCCUAGAGUAUUUACAUAUAAAUGUAUUGCAAGACAAUAAUUAAGAUUUUUUUGUUCUCUGAAUAUGCAAAUCCUUGUUAGUGUAAAUUUCUAAAACCUGGAAAAAUAAAAGGAUAUGCCACC